ACAUAAGAUCUGAGAUUGGUAACGAUUUAAAAAUGGUGCAAGUGAGUGACUUCAGCUGACAAGCGAGUAAUCCUUUGUACUGGAUAAGAACCGUCCACCUCGUAUUCAGAUCAUCCCAACUCGCACUUCGUGCUUCUUAAGAUUUGCAGCCAUCUGAGUUCAACUGAUUACUCUGAUCAUUCCAUGUCGUUUCCGUACGAGAUCUCGUUUUCACGACACUUAGGACUCCCCGAACACGUGUUGUAAAAGUCUCGACCCUAAAGAAUCCCCAAAAGAGACACCCAAGAUUUCAAUCUUGGCCUCUCAAUUCUCUUCAAAAUCUCAUGAAUUUGACUCCAAUUUCUGCUCUCUUCACUUUUCCCUCUCUAGCCCUUUCUCAGAAGAUCGACAAGUUCAGGUUCAAACUCAAGUUCUGAGGCCGAUUCAGAUUCUGGGUGUGUGCAAUUGAUAAAUUCAGGUUCAAGAUCAGGUUUUGAGUUCAAUUCGUUUUCUGGGUGUGUGAAAUCGGAGAGAAAAAAAAAGAGACAUUUUGAAAUUUGGGGUGCAAAAACACAGUGGUUUAAUUUGGUUAGGUUUGUGUUAACAUGGGUGGUAGUUUUUCCUCUUGUGUCUGUGAUGGAGAUGCUACCCCCUUAAGGCCAAGGCUUGGGGAUUUACCCGAGAGCUGUGUGGCACUGAUGUUGAUGUAUUUGGACCCACCAGAUAUUUGCAAGCUUGCACGACUGAACAGGGCGUUUCGUGAUGCUUCGUUAGCUGAUUUCAUUUGGGAAUCGAAGUUACCUUUGAAUUAUAAGUUCAUCGUGGAGAAAGCUUUGAAGGAUGCUUGCGUAGAAGAACUGGGGAAGAGGGAUACUUAUGCUAGACUAUGCAGGCCUAAUUUGGUAGACAACGGGACCAAGGAAAUUUGGCUAGACAAGAGGACGGGUGGAUUGUGUUUGGCGAUUUCUUCCAAAGCGUUGAGGAUUACAGGGAUAGAUGAUCGGAGAUACUGGAGUCGCAUUUCGACAGAAGAGUCAAGAUUCCACACAGUUGCUUAUCUUCAACAAAUUUGGUGGCUUGAAGUGGAAGGAGAAGUUGAUUUUCAAUUUCCACCUGGGACUUACAGUGUGUUCUUCAGACUCCAGCUCGGCCGAUCUUCGAAGAGGUUAGGUCGUCGAGUUUGUAAGACUGAUCACGUUCAUGGCUGGGAUAUAAAACCUGUAAAAUUUCAGCUAACAACUUCUGAUGGUCAACAUGCUGUAUCCAAAACUCAUUUGGAUAACCAUGGAAAUUGGGUUCUCUACCAUGCAGGAAACUUUGUUUCUAAGAAUCCUAAUGAUCUGAUGAAGGUCAAAUUUUCAUUGGCUCAGAUCGAUUGUACGCAUACCAAAGGUGGUUUGUGUGUAGAUUCUGUUUUUAUAUGCAAUAGUGAUGUAAAACUAGAGGUGUAGGUUGUUUUUGUAGGAAGGGAAUCUGUGUAUAUAGUGGAAAUGAGUCAAUUUUUGUCAUUUGAGUUGCAGGGAAGUAAGUAAAAGCCAUUUUACCAAAUAUUGUUGGAAGUUCCACAUCAACUGGAGAUAAGGUCAAUUCAUAGUUUAUAAGUGAAUGUAAACCAUAUUUUAUAAGCUAAUUUUGUGGGGUUUAGUUAGGCUUAAAGUCUACUUCUAACAAAUAUGUCACAACGACACUUCCCUUUGGAGAUGUUUCUUUCAUAUUCAUAGUUCUUUUAGAUGUUUUGUUUGUCACAA